GUUGCUUAAUAAGCGAGCGACUUACCGUGCGAGUCGACCAACUUAACUUACUUACGACCGCCAUGUCCCCUAGGCUUGUCAGAACCCUGUCCAAGGCAAGUUCUCGCUCGAACCGCACUAUCGAGUCUGCUGUUCGGUUGUGGACGAGAUCAAUUUCUUCCACGCCCCCACUCGCAGCAGUGCAUCACGGACCCACUCUCGCAACUGCCUCGGGCAUUCAUGCCCCAAAAUUUGCCCCAUCGUUUGUCAUAGCACCCCCACAAUGUCGAUCUAUGUUCAUACAGACGGAGACCACACCUAAUGACGAUUCUCUCAAAUUCAUACCUGGCACAAGUGUCAUGGGCGAAGGAACAGCAGAGUUCCUUGACACACGAUCAGCGUUAAAAUCUCCACUUGCCAUCCGUCUUAUUGGCAUUGAGGGUGUAAAAGCCGUGUUUUACGGCCCGGAUUUCGUCACAGUGUCGAAGGAUAGCGAAAACCCAUGGGCCGUCCUCAAACCAGAGAUCUACUCAAUACUUAUGGAGCAUUUUUCUGCCGGUCUGCCACUUUUCCGGUCGCAUGAGGACAGAGAAGCCGCCGGCCCUCAGGAUACUCAGAUUCUUGACACGGACUCUGAGACAGUAGCGAUGAUAAAAGAGCUACUCGAAACUCGUGUCCGGCCAGCAAUCAUGGAGGACGGUGGUGAUAUAGAAUACCGAGGGUUUAGUGACGAAGGCUUUGUGAAAGUCAAAUUGAAGGGAAGUUGCCGAGGGUGCUCGUCCAGCGCGGUAACGUUGAAGUCGGGCAUUGAGAGGAUGUUGAUGCAUUAUAUACCGGAGGUGAAAGGUGUAGAGCAGAUCUUGGAUGAAGAGGAGGUCAUUGCAUUAGAUGAGUUUGCUAAGCUCGAGCAACGUCUGGCGAAGAAUGACAAGAAUAAAGAUUCCAAGUGAGUUGCUAUAGCAUAAGUGGUGGAUUAAUGAGUUUACUCGCACAGGAUGGCUCCGUACAUGUCCGUGUGAGCACUAUGUAUAUCGUACUUAGUAGAAACGUGAUCUUACUCAGCGACACCGAGUAUA